CAGGAUACGGGUGGGACUACGAAUCUGGAAGGCCAGGGUUCGAAUCCUGGCUCGGCUGUGAAACCCACGAAACUUUGGGCAAGGCCUCCUUCCCACUCCUUUUAAAACCAGAUCGCAAAUGGGUUUUGAACCGGUUUAUUUGUAAGUGGGAUGCUCUCAGGCUCCUUAAGGGAAGGCAAUGGACAGUUUCAGGACCUUUAAAGCAGAGGAGGACAGAACAAGACGCUCUUUGUGCUUGAGAUGCUGAAUAGGAAUUGACAGCAAGGCUCUAGGAUGGUGCCAGGACAGACUUGUCUGUCUGCCGGAUUCUGAAUUACAGUCAAGGAGUAACCUGAGCAAGAGGAACAAUGGAUUAAAACCCUUCUGGAGGCCCAAAGCCAGCAUCACGAUGUCCUUUUCCACAAGAGAUGCUGCUUCAGGUGAGCCACAUUGCGCCCAUCCUUCCUGCUGAAUAUAGCAACCCCAGAGUCCAGCCAAACUGGCUGCAGCAUAAAAACCGAUCAGAUAGCACACAGACCUCUCUCAGUUUCCUAGGGCCUGCACAGCAUUAUGGCUUCCUCUGGGUUCUGGGCGGUCGAUUAUGAGGUUUAUGGAGAUGUCCAGGGUGUCUUCUUUAGAAAGUACACAGAAGAGCAGGGAAGGAAGUUGGGACUGGUCGGCUGGGUGAAGAACACUGCGCAUGGGACUGUGACCGGACAGGUCCAGGGGCCAAAGGAGAAAGUGGAGAUCAUGAAGAACUGGCUCCGCAGCGUAGGAAGCCCCAUGUCGCGCAUUGACCGGGCUGUGUUCUCCAAUGAGAAGGAGAUCACUUGUUUGGAGUUCCAGUCCUUCACCACCAAGUAUUAGAGGCACCUCAUCCAUCGAGAAAGAGGCUCCACCUUUCUUUUCUGGGGCAGAGGAUAAAAUGAGACGCUGCUCUGGGUCCUAUCAUGCUUCCAGCACACCUUUGGGUCCUCCAAGCGACUAGAAAAUACCCGUAGAGUCACCAGUUUCUCAUAAGGUUAUUACAUUUAUUUCAUUUAUACGUUGCCUUUCUCUGCAGAGGGACCCACUGCUCUUCUUGCCACGCUUCGUCUUUCAUCCAGGGUUUGGAGAAGAUAGGGAGGACAGCUGCCAUUUUAGGCGAAUGACAGAAAAACUCUUCCUUGCAGGAAACUCCUAACAUACCAUCAUCCCGUGAGCACUGAGCAACCUUAGAAAGUGGAGAACGGUGACUUUUGAGUUUCACAUUUCUCACUGGAAGAAGGCUGCCUUCCCAUGCCAAUGCCCACCUGGCAAGAAUAUUCGCUCAUUAAACGUUAUUAGCUUAUUAAAGAUGAUCUUUAAAGGAAAGAUAUCUAGCUGCCUUUU